AUGGAAUUAAUUAGGAGAGAAGAAUUGGAAUUGUUAGAAAAAGAAUAUUAUUUAGAUACUUUUUGAGAAUCUAAACAUUCGAGAGAUAAAGCUUCCAAGAUAUGGAAAUUUCCAAAGAAAAUUAAAAAUCCAAACAAAUGAUCGAUUUGAAAAUUCCUCUCAUUAAAAUUACCCAAAGCUUUAAUAUCUUCUACUUCUCAUCAGAGAUAUUGAAGAAUUGACCUUAUAUCUACAAAUAACUUUUCCUCUAUUCUUUACAUUCAACAAAAGAAAACUGGAAGUAUUGAGCUAAUGAGUUCUAUAACAGAGAAUUUUAGCAUACUAUCAGGAUCUCCUAUGGUCCCUCUAAAGAUGAAAUUUAUUGGAAUUCCUACGACUAUAUGUAAUUUCAAGAGAAUGCAGAUCAACCAGAGUGUGUUUAUAAAAAUCUUCAUCACCCUUCCUUCAGCGCAAAGACUCGUAUUCCUCAAUUGCUCCUUACAACCCAUCACUAAAUUUCCCUCUUUAACUUCUACUCUUUCACGCACAAAACUGAAACUGCUUGACAACAGAGAUUUUGAAGGAGGCUCAGUUUCAAGUAGGAGUUUUGUGUUCAGGUCAGUUUUGAAGUUUGUUAAGAGAGGAGGGAUUACUAGCCACCACCUUGCAAGUAUCUGAAUUACCCCUUGCACUGACCAAGAACGCCUUAAAGACCUCGUACAGGAGCUUGGACUGACCGAUAUUCAGUUUGCAAGCGGAGAGAAAGUUAAUAGUGUAUCUAUUCUUGAGAUGUAAAGAUUUUGGUUUGGG